CCUCGAUCUGCUCCAUUGAACAUCUGCGAGGCAGAACCUGGAUGUCCUACCUGAAGAACACCUGGACCCAGAUCCUGGAGUCACAGAAACAAACCCAAGUUAUCCUGAUAGUCCUGGAAUUUUCUUACAAAUCCUGAAACAUCUCUUGUAAGGACCUGGAGUCUCUUUAGGAAGGUUCCUGAAGCAUUGCCUUGAUGUCCUCUGGAAUCCCUUAAACCUACUCAGAUAGAAACACCUGAAAACAAAACACUGACUAUUUCUGAUGGAAGGUGGUUUUUCCAAGUUGGACCCCGAAGGCACCACAGUGGAAACAUAAAGCCUCACCUGAAGACUACGCCCACUUUCUGCACCUCUGACUUGCACACACACAGGUGUGGUUACAUGAAAAGGUGUGUCCAUUCCAUGACAAACAGAGGAUCAACAGAGCCCCGCCCCUUCCUUACAUGCUCAGGGCGGCUCCUGAGGCUGUAGGUCCCCCUGACAUCCAGGACAUGGAGCUGAGGGAGGAAUGGCAGGACGACGGCUUCCCCAGACCACUUCCAGAGGAAUGUGCAGGUCCAGAGGAGGCCGAGAGUCCAGCCGGAGGUGCCAGACCACCAGCCCCGCCCACCAACCUUGCCCUAUCAGGUGCUGUUGAGGGCGGAGCUAAGAAGCGCCUGGUGGCCCCGUCUCUCAGCCUCACUCUGAGCCACUGCGAUUCUCACGACCCCAACGAUGGCUUCUCCGCUGCCGCUCUGUCAGGGAGCCCGGAUGAGACGCCGUCACUCGACAUUAACCUGGAAGCUCUGGAGACGCCCUCGGACAGCGAGACGGGAACGCUGCCGGACAGCAUGCACGACCUGGAGUGGGAGGAUGACCUUCCUCGGAUGGGAAAGGGAGGGGCUGUGGGCGUGGCCAGAAGUCCAGUAGAGCACUCUGAAGGUCUGAUGGAGCUUGACCAGGUGGACAGUAGGGGGCACCGCUGGAGAAGGUUCUGCAUCUCUGGGCAUGAGUACCACGUCAACAUGAGUGUCCUGGAGCCGUACCUACAGGUCCUAUCUCAUGGAGGUUACUAUGGAGACGGGAUGAAUGCAAUCAUCCUGUUCACUUCUUCUUACCUGCCAGAGAACACGGUGGAAAACUAUGAGUAUGUCAUGGACAACUUGUUCAGGUACAUCGUCGGGACAUUGGACCUGAUGGUUUCAGAGAACUAUAUGUUGGUCUACCUGUGUGCUUUGGCUCCUAGAAAUAAACUACCAGCCCUCAAAUGGCUGCAUCAGUGCUACACCUCCAUCGACAGGAGGCUGAAGAAGGACCUGAAGGGGCUGCUGGUUGUCCAUCCUGCCUGGUACAUCAAAGCUCUCAUCACCGUGGUCAAACCCUUCAUCAGUGAGAAGUUCAGCAGGAAGAUCCGCUUCAUCCACAGUCUUCAGCAGCUUUCACAGUUCCUGCCUACAGACAGACUGCAGAUCCCAGACGCUAUCCGCCAGUUUGAUGAGAAGUUGAACAGAUGAUAACCACUGAGUCUUCAGACUGGAGGGACCCCAGAGCUCGGAGAUCAUCGGGACCCUGUCAGCCUGCUGACCUUUGACCUGAGGCCUGUUUUGUUGGAGCUGCCUUUCUUUCUGACGGUUUAGCUGAACUGAACUGGUCCUGGAACAGUUUUCAGAAUGGUUUUAACUGUAUUUUAAAUCUGCUGCAGAGGAGGAUCAUGACUUCUAUCUCACCUCCGUGAGACCAUGAGGACAGGUUCAUGGGACAGCAUCAUCUGAUGGUCUGGUUGGUCUGUCCAGUGAAAACAGGUUUCAGAGUUGGAUCUCAACACAUAAACUUUGUUCAGAUUCAGUGUCACUUCAUGAGAAUGUCCAUCAGAACAACAGAUAUCUGAGAAUCUUCCGGUUUUCACUGCGGACGCCUGCUGCUCUGUGAUUGAACUCAUUCAUUUAACUACCUAGUAAGUUUUUAUCAGUAAUAAGUUGAACAUCUUGAUGGUCACCUGACUGUUACCAUAGUAACAAGCUAAAGUUGCUGCUCCAGGUGGGAUGUUUUAUUCUGGUUAACGGACGGUGAUUUAUAUUCAGUUUGGGUUUCAUGUCCACCUGUAGAGGGUGGGGCAGGUGUGGGGGAGGCUGCUGAUUGGCUGCUGACACCAGCUCAUCUUGCUGUAAUAAAACUAUUAUUU